UUUUUCCGAAAUGUGGCUGAUAAUACUUUUUUGUUUUCUACCGACCCAAAAUGCGUAUGAACAUCCGUUCGAUUUUAUUGAAAAUGCGCUAGAGAAAAUAGUGGACUGGAAAUCAGAUCCCUGUGAUGAUUUUUACCGUCAUGCUUGUCCAGUUGGCAGCAUUGAAGACAUUAUAAAAGUAUCGAUGCAACCUUUAAAAGAUGCAUUAAAUCAUUCGUGGAAGCAGAAAGGCCAACGAAACGAGGGAAAAGUCUAUAAUAUCAACUUUCGAAGAUCCCACAUAUGCUGCCACUUUUUUUGCAAAUUAUUAUUUAUCUAUUAUGACUAUCAAUAUAGAUUUAUCAAUUAUGUCACUUUUUACGACGGAAUGUUGCAACCAUUAUAUUACCACGUUGAAGCAAAUGUUACUGACGGAAUUAACGAAAUUCACCAAAUGAUGGAGGACAUGGUAGAAUUAGGGAAUAUUUGGCUUGAGAAAACUCCGUGGGUUAUUAACAAUAACCUAACCGAGGAAAUGAAGAAUAUUACAAAUGCAAUUAAAAUGCCAGUGUCACUGACCAAAUAUACCAACUUUAUUUACAAUUUGCUAUCUCCAAUAGAAACUGAUUUUCUGAAUUGUGUUUCCGAAUUUGAAGGAAUUCAAAACAAUACUCUAUUUUGCUUAUUUUAUUCAGCGAAGAUAUUCGUACGCACACGUGGUAGCUAUUUCAUAGAUGAUAACGGCUACAAUGCAGAAGGAACAAUUUACUUUGGUUUUCCAAAUUAUUAUCAUACUACAUAUGGAAACUGGAGAGCAUCAAAACUGGGAUACACAGGAACACGAGUAGGUCAUGAAAUCGGCCAUACUUUCAUUGAACACAGUAUCAAUCCUGACGGUCUUCCGUAUUUUUCAAAGCCAGCUGAGGAUUGCGUUCAGAAUCAAUAUUUAAAGACUUGCAAUGAAUAUUACGAAGGGGAAGUUCCUGAUGCUUGCAAUACUUCAGACUAUACAUUUGAUGAUAAUGGUGCUGAUGUUUUUGGUCUGCAACUUGCAUAUGCAAUACUGGAGAGAGAUUUGAGCGACCAAUUGAGAGAGCAAGCUGAUGGUUUAAAAAUCACAAACGAACAAUUGUUGUUCUAUUCAUUUGCCUACAGAUUUUGCAGGGGAUCAAAAUCCAAUACAACAGAUGGCUCGCAUUCGCAUCACAAUGUUCGAAUUAAUGCUGUUGCACAAAUGCCAGGAUUUCAGCAAGCAUUUAAUUGUGCAAGUGACUCAAGAAUGAUGAAGUCUGCAACAAAACAGUGCGUCAUUUAUGGUAACAAUGCUCCGGAGACACGCAAAUAGUUGAAUGGAGAUAGCUGACGUUCAGUUAUUUAUCGUUUCACUCUACAUUUAGUUUUGAUUCAAAUUUUAUUCGCUUGUUUUUAAAUUUCAUAUAAAUUUGUAGACACUUUUCAUUAUUCAAAAAUAAAAGUCUUGCUAACACU